AUGUCAAUUGAUCGUUCAUAUUCUUCUAAAACAACAACCCACACAUUAUUAAGUGUACCUUCAAAAUCAGUUCCAUCAAUACCUCCCCAUUAUAAAAAAGCGAAUUCUACUCCUGAAACAACUUCAAUUCCAAUAAAACUUUCAUUUACAAUGGGAUUUGCUGAAACCCAUCACUAUAGCCAUCCAUUAAUACCAACAACACCUUACACAGACAGUCAAUUACUUUCUUCUAGUUCUUCUAAAAACCUGUUAAAUUCUCAACAAACAAAACGUACUUUACAAAUUCAUCCACCAACAACAAUUAAAAGUCAACCCACUUCAGUUUCUGAAUCAAUAAGUGCUUCAUUUUCAUCAGGACAGUGUAAUUCCAGUCCUGUCUUUUCUUUAUUGUAA